AUGGUCCAAUGCCAGCACUUUGCCUACCCAGGAAUGGGCCAGGUUCUCCUCAAACAACACUGUUACCACCAGUCUAUUCGUAUUGGUGACCGCAUCGAGGUUUCUGGACAAGGCGGUUGGGAUACUGAAACUGGAGAAGUCAGCAAGGACGUCAAGACACAAAUUGAUCAGAUAUUCAAGAACAUUGACCUCGCCCUUAAGGAUGCGGGGGGCAAGGGCUGGUCCCAGGUGUACCGCAUCACGGCCUAUUAUAUUCCCGAAACCCAGCAUGAGGAUCUUAUGCAUAUGUGCAAUAAUAUCAAGAAAUGGAUCCCGGGCAAAGAACCCCUCCUCACCUGUGUGGGAGUGGCAAAGCUGACGAUGGAGGGUAUGUUCAUGGAAAUUGAGGUCGCGGCUCAUGAUGAGGAAGGUGGUGAAGCAGCUCGCAAGGAUUGA